GAUUUUUGGCAUUUGAAUUGUAUCGUAUCAAUCAUUUGCUUCCUCUCUCACGAUACCCUACCAGAAGGGUUGCUGAAGAGUCGGGACGAUAGAUCUCGCGCAUGGAUCCUUCGGUGUCUUCUCCGUCUUUCGCCUCCUCCUCCUCCUCCUCUUCCUCUUCCUCUUGGUUCCCAGGUAUUUUCCGGUCUCGUUCGGGGAAGUCCGGCUCCGCCGGCGGGGGUUCUCUGCCAGUCAUGGCUUCCGCCGAUGGGGUGCCGGGGAGUCGCAAAAACCAGCUCCGUGGCUAUCUGUUUAAGUAUGGAUCUAAGUCUAUUCAGGUUGCAUUCAAAACUGGUGAAUUCAACCAGCAAGUCAUUUUUAUUGGUGGAUUGACAGAUGGAUUGUUAGCAACUGAGUAUUUGGAACCUUUAUCAAUUGCUUUGGAAAAUGAAAAAUGGUCUCUGGUGCAACCUUUGCUCUCUUCCUCUUAUCUCGGAUAUGGUACUUCUAGCUUAGAUCAAGAUGCAGUAGAGCUGGAUCAGUUAAUUGGCCACUUGAUUAAUAAGGAAAAUUCUGAAGGUGUUGUUCUACUUGGGCAUAGUACUGGUUGCCAGGAUAUAGUGCAUUAUUUAAGGACAAAUUCUGCAUUCUCCAAAGCUGUUCGGGGAGUGAUUUUGCAGGCCCCAGUAAGUGACAGAGAAUAUCGAGCCACUCUACCUGAAACUGCUGAAAUGAUAGAUUUGGCUGCAAAAAUGAUUGGCGAAGGUAGGGCAAUGGAUUUAAUGCCAAGGGAAGCAAAUCCAGAUGCCCCCAUAACUGCGUACAGGUAUCACUCUCUUUGUGCAUACACGGGCGAUGAUGACAUGUUCAGUUCUGAUCUUAGCGAUGAUCAACUGAGAUUGAGACUUGGACACUUGUCAAAUACACCUUGCCAGGUUAUUUUCUCCAUGGCAGACGAAUAUGUGCCUGACUAUGUCGAUAAGAAGGCAUUGGUGGAACGACUUUGUCGAGCAAUGGGCGGUGCUGAAAAGGUGGAAAUAGAAUGGGGAAAUCAUUCUCUGUCGAAUAGGGUCCAAGAGGCAGUCGAAGCCAUCAUGGAUUUUGUUAAGAGGGAGGGACCAAAAGGAUGGGAUGAUCCAUGGAGCUAGCAUUCUCUCCUUUUUUUUUCCACCCCAAUCUCUUGCCGUUCCCAGAAAUUUUUUUUUUAUAAUCCACUCUUUUGUUUUAAUUACAAUUUAUGAUUAUCAAAAACGCUCAGGAACUUGUCUCAA